CUCGUCUCCUAAAGCCCUUCAGACUCUGACCCAGUUCUUGAAUGACUCUGGAGAUACAGAUGUUUCAGAAUGUACAUUCUGGAGGCCGAUGGCGCCUUCAGCCACUGACAAUUUUCCUGCUGUUCGCUCUUGCAGACCGGCAGACUGCGGAUCUCCCGAAGGCCGUGGUGAAACUUGAGCCCCCAUGGAUCCUGGUUCUCAAGGAGGACAGUGUGACAUUGAAGUGCGAAGGGACCCACAACCCUGGGAACUAUUCGACCCAGUGGCUCCACAAUGGGAGAUCCCUCCAGAGCCAGGUCCGGCCCAACUACACGUUUAAAGCCACCGUCAAUGACAGUGGAGAAUACCAGUGCAGACUGGAGCAGACCAUCCUCAGCGACCCUGUACAACUGGAAGUGAUUGCCGACUGGCUGCUGCUCCAGACCCCUCAACUGGUGUUUAAGGAAGGGGAAACCAUCAUCUUGAGGUGCCAUAGCUGGAGGAACAAAUCCCUGAACAAGAUCACAUUAUACCAAAAUGGAAAAUCUGUGAAAUAUCGUCCGUCCAAUGGCAGCUUCUCCAUCUCCAAAGCAAAUCACAGCCACAGCGGUGAUUACCACUGCACAGCAUUCCUAGGAAAGGGAAGACACAUGUCGAGGUCUGUGACCAUCACCGUCCAAGGUUCAGCAGAUGCACCCGUCAUCUCUCUACUUUGGUACCAUGUCACUUUCUGCCUCGUGAUGUUCCUCCUGUUUGCAGUGGACACGGGCCUUUAUUUCUAUUUACGGAGAAACCUUCAAACCCCAGUGGAGGACUGGAAGAAAUCCCUGUCAGUCAAAAAGCGUCAGGCUCCUGAGGGCAAAUGACAUCUCAUCGCAUGGCAGAACAGCAGUGGUAGCAGCAUCUUUUCAGCCCCCCCUCCGCCCCCCAGCUUCCUUUGAAAGCAACUUAGGACCAGGCCCAAUGUGUGGUCCUGUGAUUACAGCUGCUUAGGAGGCUGUGGUGAGAGGAUCACCCAUUCGAGGCCUGCCUAGGUUACAGAGUGAAUGCAAGUCUAGAGCCGAUAACUGAGUAGGAUCUAUUUCAAGAAAAGUAGACUGGGUGGGGGGUGUAUAGGUGUGUGUUUAGAAGGCUCACUAGGAAAAGGCACCUGUGGCUAAGCCUGCCAACAAGAGGAGAGUUUGAUCCUUGGGACGCAUAUGACAGAGGGAGAGAACAAAUUCCUGAAAGCUGUCCUCUGAUCUCCACACACCCACCACGACAGGCGCACCGUCUCUCUCUACACAAAAUAAAUUAAAAUGUACAUUUUUUUCAAUAAGAAAAGGAGAAAAAAAAGAAGGUGAAGAAUGGUGGCAGAACUCUUAUUUAGUG